UCUAACUCCUCCCACGCUUCAUUCCUAGCUACCUCACUAGCUACGUGAACAAUCCACAGCUUAGCAUCAAUGGCGUCCCUGGCUGCCUCCUCGGUCCUCUUUCUCGUCCUCGCCGCCUUCGCGGCUGGCGCCAGCGCGGCCACCUUCACCGUCACCAACAACUGUGGCUCCACGGUGUGGCCGGCGGCCACCCCUGUCGGCGGGGGCCUGCAGCUCAACCCUGGCCAGACGUGGACCUUCAACGUGCCCGCUGGCACCAGCUCGGGCAGGGUCUGGGGCCGCACGGGGUGCUCCUUCAACGGCGGCAGAGGGAGAUGCCAGACCGGCGACUGCGCGGGCGCGCUCUCCUGCACCCUCUCCGGGCAGCCCCCGAUGACGCUGGCCGAGUUCACCAUCGGCGGCGGCGGCAAACAGGACUUCUACGACAUCUCGGUGAUCGACGGCUACAACCUGGCCAUGGCCUUCUCCUGCAGCACCGGCGUCGGCCUGGUGUGCAGGGACUCCAGAUGCCCACAGGCGUACCUCUAUCCGAGCGAUAAUACGAAGACCCAUGCGUGCAACGGCAACAGCAACUACCAGGUGACCUUCUGCCCAUGAUGAGAGGCAGUACGUGGUCGAACGAAUAAACUCGAUGAAUAAGACGAUGUCGUGAAAAGCCGUCCAUAUAUGCGUGCAUGCAUGUGGACGCAUAUGUACCCUUCAAAAUUUGAAUGAUCACCGAUCUUUCUCAAAUAAAUAAAUAAUAUUUUUCAGACAAA